AUGACGAAUAUAUUAAAUAAUGUACUUGCAGCCAAUAUAAAAUUUUGUAAACAUAUAAAAAAUAAACAAAUAUUUUCAGGAAAAUGUGAAAAGAAAUAUAUAUAUAGUAGUAGCAAAUAUGCCACCCAAAAUGUAAUUACUGCUGCUAAUUUUGCCAUACCUAAUGAUAAGACAGUUUUUGGUGGCUUUCCUACAAGACAGACAGUACGAAAUUUCUCGAGCUUUAUGAAAAAUGUCAUAGAGCAGGUUAAAAAAGAUAUGAGGGAAAACAAACAAUACCAAGAGGCAUUAAAAGAGUUGAAAGAGCAAACUGAAAUUGAUGAUAAAGCUAUUAAACUUAAAAAAAAAAUUCAAGAAAAUAUAAAUAUUAUAAAAAAUAUAAAAGAAAAAAAUGAACAAGCAAUAAAAAUAAUAUAUAAUGAUAUUAAUAAGUUUGUAACACAUUGUUUUGAAAACUAUUUUAUAUUUAGAAUAAGUAAAAAAAUAACUGUUAAAUUUUUUUCAGGGUUAGCAAAAAUAUUAUUAAUAACAACCGAUAAAAUAACUGAGUUAGGAGACAAAUGGAAUGACAAUAAUGCAUUUGUACAGCUAGACAAAUGGAGACAAGAAAUGGCAAUUAAAAGAUAUAAAAAAAAAACAGGUAUGGAAGAAAAAGCUAUAAAUAAUAGUGAAACAGAUAGCGAACAUGCUAAUUUAAAAAAUGUUGAAGAGGAUAUAGAAAAUGAUACAAGUUCUAGUACUGGUGGUGAAUUAAUUUUAGCAUAUGAAUCAGCAUGGGAUAAAUUUGGAAGUAAAUUAAAAGAUAUGCCAUUUUUAAAUAGUUUUUUUGAAAAUCCAUUAUUAGGAAAAUUAUUUGGUGAAACAGAGUUAGCUGCUGCAUUAAGAGUAAUGAAAAUGGAAGAUAAAAAUUUUAAAUUAUCAGAACUUAUGUAUUUAUUUGAAUUUGUUAUAUCUAAACAUAUCGUUGAAUCUUAUCUAAUUGGAGAUGAAGAUACACUUAGAUUGCAUUGUGGACAAGCAGCUUUUAAUUCUUUAAAUUCAAGUAUAAAUGAAAGAAAAAAAAAAAAAUUAUUUUUAGAUACAAAUGUUUUAAUAUAUAAAGAUCAUGAACUUAAAGGGGCACAAAGAAUGGAAGAAAGUUCUCCUUGGUUUAUUUUUACAUUCCAUACACAACAAAUUAAUUGUUUAAAAAAUAAAAAUGAUGAAAUUGUAGAAGGUAAAAUCGAUGACAUUAGAGAAGUUGUUUAUACAAUGGCAUUAUCUAAGCAUCCAGAACCCGAAACAGAAGGUUUACUUUAUCCAUACAUAGUCAGAGAAUUUGCAAUUAUAGGUAACACUCCUUCAUGGUAA